GUAACAGAUUGUGCAUUUCUCCACUUCGAUUCCGAAAUUCGAUCACUGCAACUCUACUACCACAGCCAUUUUAGCUGGAUCUCAGCUUCUCCGGCACAAUACAACAACGAAGAAGAAGAAGAAUAUGACCACAACAACAACGACGACAACGGCAACAACAACAACAACAACAACAGCGAAAACGAAGCCACAUUUUUGGAAAUGGGCAAUAGCAUCAAUAAUCUUCAGAUUAAUUCUCAUUUACUUCCCUAAAAACCUCAAUUUAGCUACCCGUCCAGAAGUUUCUACUCCCGUUACCAGUCUCCGAAGACUUGCAGAAGGUUACUGGUUAACGCAGUCAUCGAUGUCACCAUAUGCCGGUUCUAUGUAUCAUGGUUCUCCGCUUUUGCUGUCGGUUCUCGGUCCGCUUACAAUGAAAAAAAUUGAAGGACAGCCCUAUCAUCUUCUGUGCAGUUUGGUUUCUGUGAUUGCAGAUUUCAUCUCUGCCAUGCUAAUCCGGGCAACUGGCCUUAAACUUCGCAUGGCAUAUUGUGAGAGAUUAAAAUUGCUGGGUUUGGGGAAGCUCUUUGAAGUUUCUGAGAUUCUACCAUCUGAGGACAUUGCUGCUCUUGUGUACUUGUGGAACCCUUUCACCAUAGUCACAUGUGUGGGUUUCAAUACAGCCCCUGUGGAAAAUCUUUUUAUUAUCUUGUCACUUUAUGGAGCCAGCACCCGAGUAGCCCCAUUGGCAGCUUUUGGGUGGGUUAUAGCGUCGCAUUUGUCACUCUAUCCGACAAUUCUGAUUAUACCUGUAAGUACUUCUUUGCCGAGGUCUUUGAAUUUUUCAGAGAUUUCUUUCUGAUUGUUUUCCAUCUGAACAUCCUUUUCAUGAUACUGCCACUAGCCAUAAGGCUAAAUCACAGACCGUGCUUCUUGGCUUUUGUUUACAUGGCAAUCUGUUCUAUGCUUAAACCCUAUCCUUCAGUUGGGGACUCAGCUCUGUACUUGGCUUUGUUAGCUUUGUUUUUCAAUGAAUUAGCAGAAAUGCAGUUUUCAUUCUUUCUCUUCUGUGGAUAUGUUGGAGUUUCCCUUCUUAGUCCUGUGAUGCACAAUUUGUGGAUAUGGAGGGGUACUGGCAAUGCCAACUUUUACUUUGCAACAGGAAUGGCUUAUGCUUGUUUCCAGAUUAUAUUGGUUGUUGAGAGCGUGAGUGCUAUGUUGAAUCAUGACAGAAAGAUCAGAAAGUUGGUUGCAGCUAACAUAAGCUAGAGAUCUAAACACUAUAUAGGAGUUCAAUCUGAUCAUACAUGAGCAUUUUUGGGCCAGACAGAUCCAUAUUGCCGUUGGUCGUAGUUUCUUUAAAUCAACUCCUUUGCAACUUAACUGGAUCUGAGUUUGUUUCCAUCAUGAGAGUUUCUGCUCAUGGCCCAAGAGAUGUCCAUUGAAUGGACGUGUCAUACUGUUUACUGGUGUACACAUGAAAACUCAGACCAAAUCGUUGAAUUCUGGCUUUUACACGAAAGUUGUAUGCUAAUGUAAUCUCUCUCUGAUCAAUUAUAAUUUACAGUAUAUUUGGUUA